AGAUGGUAGCAUGAAAGGCUUAACCACGCCCACGUUGCCGUCAAAUCAAAAGGGUUUGGUUCCAGCCCAGCGGGCGACCACGGCCUGCAACUAUUCGUAGUACUCGUGUGUAUUGCUGGCAAGGCGGGCGGCGCCUUUGAUGUGAUUUUAUCAGGUGCGAGCGUGAGGGAGAGGGGGUGCAGAAAUGUCUGGCAGCGGCAGCUACGGCAAGGACGGCGCCGGCGGCGCCGCACCUGAGAGCCAAAGACUACUGAAUGGCGCCGACUUGCCCACAAAUGGACUCAUCCAACGCUCAAACAAUGUGAGCCGCGAGGAGACGCUGCGUCGUCUGCAGGGCGGGGAGGACGGCCGCCGCUUCUCGGAGGACCACGCGGCGGCCGCAGCUCUCAAUGAGUCGCCAGUCGUCCAGCGGCAGCAGCCAGUCAAGCUGACACCGAGCUGGGAGGACAGCAACCUGCCCGACGAGGAACUUAACUUCCGAGGAGUCACCAUGGAGGUUGCCGAGAUGGAAAUAAACCCCCCGAAGGACAGAUAUAAUUUAGUGUACUGGAUUUUUCUACUUCACGGCAUCGGAACAUUGAUGCCAUGGAACAUGUUCAUCACUGCCAAGGAGUAUUUUGUUGACUACAAACUGAGUGAAGAAUACACGGGUGAGAAAACGGCUUUGGCAUCCAACUUCCUGGCCUAUGUCGGUCUCACUGCACAAAUCCCUAACGUCAUUUUCAACUGGGCCAAUAUCCUAUGGGAAGGCAAAGGCCAGAACCUGACGACCAGAGUUGUCUACAGUUUGGUCUUUGAAGUUUUCAUCUUCAUCCUGACCGUCGUGCUUGCCAUGGUGAACACCUCCACCUGGCCAGAGGCCUUCUUUUUCGUCACCAUGGGUUCAGUUGCUGCCCUCAACAUGGCCAACGGAAUUUACCAAAAUACAGUUUACGGCAUGGCAGCUAAAUUGCCUUUCAAGUACACAGGCGCUGUUGUGCUUGGCUCAAACAUCAGUGGUACAUUCACAUCCAUAGUGAGCAUUGUCUCGUUGUUGAUUGCACCUGACGCGCGGACGUCUGCAAUUUAUUACUUCAUUACCGCGUUGUUCAUCCUUCUUGUCUGCUUUGACACCUACUUCGCACUGCCGCUCAACAGAUUUUACCGAUACCAUGAGAUGGUCAACGAAAAGGAGCAGCAGGCACUUCGCAGAGCCCAAAUUGGACAGACAAGCUCAGCUCCCUUGUGGCCCAUAUUCAAGAAGUGCAUGCCGCAGCUCUUUAACAUUUUCUUCGUUUUCUUCGUCACGCUGGCCAUUUUCCCAGCUGUGCAUGCUGACAUCAAGCAGUCCAGCCCAGACUUCUUCAUCAGCGAAAAGUUCUUCACAGAGAUCACGUGCUUCCUUACGUUCAACAUGUUCGCCAUGAUUGGCUCAAUGACCGCCUCCUGGUUCCCCUGGCCUGGGCCAAAAUACCUGGUCGUGCCAGUGGUUCUCCGAGUCUUUUUCAUUCCGUUCUUCAUGGUUUGUAACUACCAACCCCUGCCAAUCAACUCUCGGCUGUUCCCUGUAUUUAUCAACAACGACUGGGCUUACUGGAUCGCCUCCAUGUUGCUUGGAUGGACCUCAGGCCACUUCAGUGCCCUUGGGAUGAUGUACUGCCCAAGGAUGGUGGAGCCACAACAUGCUGUUCGCGCUGGUAUGUUGGGCGCUGGUUUCCUCAUUACUGGCAUUUUCUGCGGAAUUCUGUUCACGAUGCUGCCACCAAUCUUUGUCAAGAGCAUCUCUUGGACUGUGUAACAGCAGCUAAAAAUGCACAUCAUCGUCGCGUCUCAUCGUCAUCCAUGUUGUCAUUAUUAACAUUUUUAGUUUCGAGUCUACCUUUUUUGGGCUAAUUAUUUUAGACUUUACUUCUUUGAUACAAACUUUUAUUUAUUCCUCUUCUGCACCACUUACACACAAUUUUCCAUGUGACAAUAAGCCAAAAGUAACAGUCAUUCGGGCUAGAAGCGGUGCCAACAAAGUAAAUAUUUUUUGCAGAAAAACCUAUACCAAAUAUACAAGCAUCACAGUAAAGAAAGUAGAAUCUCUCUGCUUUCCUUACAUCGCACCUUCAUUUUUAUAUAUGCAUGAAGCGCAGACUCAAGAUUGAAACACGUCUCACAGGACUGUUGAUGUAACUCACACUCUCACACAUUUGCCUUAAUUAAAUCGAAACCAGAGGAAUGCAAAGGCUUUGUUGUUCAGCGAUCAAGUGAAACGCAUUUUGAAUUUCAAGUUUUUCAACGAAAUGUAUGACAUAUCUCCUAUUGUGUCCGAAUUUUAAAUUUGGUUUUGAUCAAGGCACUGGUGUCAACGACUGCACAACUUUUAUUUUCUCUUGUUGGCUUGUUAUUCCAAUUUCCGGCUUUUGGUUUAAGCGAAAUUGAGGUUGUUUAUCUCGUGAUAUUUUCGAGAGCAUUUGUUGUAAUUUGAUUGUUGGAGAAGAAAGUUGACAUGUAAAAGCAAAUAAACUAAAAUGGAAUUUAUUAAAAAAUGACAAA